AUGGGAAGUCUACUGCAUGCUGCCCUCCCGGUAGUCUUUUACGUGCAUCUUCGAGACGAGGGCUGCGGUACUGCCCUUGUGAGCACCAUAGCAGCCCGCCCCGUAGAAACAUCCCAUGUUGGUCUCCUCUCCUUUGUGCGGUUCCUGGGUGCCUCUAGCCGCGAGACCUCGCUGUCGAACACUGCCUUGGCAAAUGGAAGCAGCCAGUCAGCGAGGAUGCAGGAUGGUGAGUGCGAAAGGCAAGGGCAGGGUGCGCACUUUGGUAGCCGGAGGAAGGUCGAGAAGAGAGCCCCACGUCGGUGA